AUGGGUAAAGUACCAUAUCGUAGUAAAAACAGUGUAAGGUUUCGUCGAAAUGGUGAUAAUAGUGGUAAAGCAAUAUUUAAACGGCUUAAAAUAUAUAACAAAAAACUUGAAAAAUUAAAAAAUAAAGAAAAUAAUAAGUUUGAAUUAAUUGAUUUUAAAAUAGGAACAAAACGUCUCUCAAAUGAUUAUGGAUUAAAAUCACAGAAUCUCACAACAUAUUUUGAAUCAAAUAGGAAUAAACCACUAAUUAAAGUGACAUUCACAUCUGAUCCAGCCGAUGAACAUUUUGAUAUUGUUAUCAAUGAUCUUGGUGGCGGAGUGGCCGAUGAGGAACAAGAAAAAACAUUUGAAUAUAUGUAUACCGGUCAAUCUGAAUAUCAUGAAAAGACAAAACCGCGUGGGUGUUGCCUUGGACUUGGUUUAUUAUGUGCAUACGCUGAAUAUUAUUGGGCAAAAAAUGGUUACCGUUCUUUUGCUUUAGUCGCUAGUAAAUGUCCAAAACCGAUAAUCACUUCACAUUUAAAACACGUUAUUCAUGAGAAAAAUCAUAUAGCAACGAGUGAUUCACUAUGGCUAUGGUUUAGAAAUAUGUUUCCAGCAAAUAAAGAAAAACCUGCUGUGGUUACGUGCGAAACAUUUGAAAUUCACAUGAAUCCACGUACGGCGUCUACUCUCAUUAAAACAUUGUGUCUUGCUGGUUUAACACUCAAAUUAAUAUCAUGUCUCAAAAUCAUACCGAUGUUAAUUCGUACACGUAGUAUGCAAAAAGGUGAAAAAAACGAUUUAGGACACCAUACUAAAAUAUUAGUCGAUUUAGAUCAAAAGACAUCAUCCACGACAGCAUCUGAGCAAGUGGCACAACCGUUAUUAAAAGCUGCUGCUUUUAUCAAACAUCAUUCAAAAGAUUCUUUGAAUGUCGAAAUUUUAUGUCCGUAG